GUUAAAAGUCUCAUUCAGUUCUCUGUUUACGUGUUGUUUACGCACGCUACGAUAAACAGCCAAACAUCGUGUUUCUGGCAUAUGAUUUCUGGAUAAAUCAUGGCAAAGCAUCAUCCAGAUCUUAUUUUCUGUAGAAAACAACCAGGUGUUGCUAUUGGCCGAUUGUGUGAGAAAUGUGAUGGUAAAUGCGUGAUCUGCGACUCCUACGUACGUCCCUGCACACUCGUGAGGAUAUGUGACGAGUGUAACUAUGGAUCUUAUCAGGGACGAUGUGUAAUCUGCGGUGGCCCCGGCGUUUCCGACGCUUACUAUUGCAAAGAAUGCACUACACAGGAAAAAGAUAGGGACGGGUGUCCGAAGAUUGUGAACUUGGGUAGUUCUAAGACUGAUCUUUUCUAUGAAAGGAAAAAGUAUGGAUUCAAAAAACACUAGCUGCUGUUAUUAGGAUAUCUUAUUAUUGUAUAAUUAUUUAAGGUAAAUCAAUCAUAUCUAAUAAAAUACCAUAUAAAGACCAUGAAAAUAUUUGUAAUAUCAAAGAACGGUGUACCUAAAAGUCUGUAAAACCAACACAAACUAUAAAAUAAGCACAUUUACUCUCA